AUGCGCUUUGCCCAGAUUUUCAUGCUUGCCGCCACCAUGUCUGGCGCAUUUGCUGGCAAGAACUGCAAAUGCCAGGACCCAAGCGGUAAAGGCCCUCAGUGGAAUGGCCUGACCAAGCAAUGCUGCAACGGAGAUGUCAAUGCCGGUUGUUUCUUUGCACCCAACUUUCCCGGCCCCAACAACCAGUGUACUGGUGUUGGCAACUGUCUCAACUCCGGUGCUUUCAACGAUUGCUGCAAGAGUAAGGGGGCUCCUGGAGCCUACUGCUGGUGA